GCACAAGACUAGGGCCACCCACUGGCCACUCAACUCGGUCCACCUAAGGGUGUCUGCCUGCCGCCUGGGGACAUAAGUCGCUCAUUCGCCUGUAGUGGGUGAGGGAUGAGGUUGUGCCCCCGAGCUAAAUUAGGAGGCUGACGGUGACUCCUGGCUUCACCUUCCAGACAUGGAGGCUAAAUUUAGCUAGAGUUGUAUAUGUGUGUGUCUGUGGGCGCGUGCUUGCGUGCCCAGAGGCCAGGUUGAGGAGAGAGUAACCUUGUUCCAUGAGACUCCCUUGCUCCCCGUUCUCUGUGUAAGGGUGGGAGGUUACGUAGGACUGUACACCCUGGAGCCAUUCUGAGCCUCCUCUACUUUGCUCAGGGUCCUUUAGUCUGAGGUUCCACUUGGCAUGAUGCUGCUGUGUUGGCACCUUCAGCAGAAACCCCCCCCCCCCACACACACACACAUGGGUUGACUUCCGCUGAGCUGCGAGGAGCUGCAGCUUCCCCUCCACUGUUCCAGGAAGUCACCUCCCUUCUCUGAAACACCCCCACUGAUCCCGUCCUCUGCUGCAAGCCAUCCACCAAGCUCUUUCCUAGCUUCUGCAUCUUUGGGCUCCCCAGGACCCUUGGGCUCCUGCUGUCUGGGGUUGGGCCAUGGAGGCAGAUGCAGUGAGUGAGGGGGGGGCCAUGGCGGAGGAGCGGCCCCCCCGACUGGUGGAUUACUUCGUGAUAGCUGGGCUUGCAGGGAAUGGAGCACCCAUCCCUGAGGAAACAUGGGUUCCUGAACCCAGUGGGCCCCUGCGCCCUCCCCGACCAGCUGAGCCCAUCACAGAUGUGGCAGUCAUCGCUAGGGCACUGGGCGAGGAGGUGCCCCAGGGCUACACAUGCAUCCAGGCCUCUGCAGGGGGUCACCCCUUGGAACUCAGUGCUGGACUUCUGGGUGGAACUCAACCCGUCAUCUGCUACCGCAGAGGCCGUGACAAGCCCCCCCUUGUGGAGUUAGGGGUGUUGUAUGAAGGAAAGGAACGUCCCAAGCCUGGUUUUCAAGUACUAGACACGACACCCUACAGCCACUCAGCCAACCUGGCCCCUCCAGGCCCUGGGCACCCUCGAACCUACCUCACUUACCGGCGGGCAGCAGAAGGGGCAGGACUGCAUGCCUUGGGCAUCACUGAUCUCUGCCUGGUACUGCCUAGCAAGGGUGAGGGCACUCCUCACACUUACUGCCGACUGCCCCGCAACCUCAACCCUGGCAUGUGGGGCCCAGCAGUGUACCUGUGCUACAAGGUGGGCCUGGCCAAGGCCAACACGCUUGUGUAUGAGGCAGAGCUACUGGGCCGCUACCCAGAGGAGGACAAUGAGGCGUUUCCACUGCCUGAGUCAGUGCCCGUGUUCUGCCUGCCCAUGGGGGCCACUAUUGAGUGCUGGCCUGCCCAGACCAAGUACCCGGUGCCUGUCUUCUCCACCUUUGUGCUGACGGGUGCAGCCGGUGAUAAGGUGUACGGUGCCGCCCUGCAGUUCUAUGAGGCAUUUCCGCGGGCCAGGCUGUCUGAACGGCAAUCGCGGGCCCUGGGCCUGCUGAGCGCUGUGGAACGAGGCCGAGCGCUGGGAGGGCGAGCGGUGCGCAGCCGGCGCGCCAUUGCUGUGUUGUCCCGCUGGCCUGCCUUCCCCGCCUUCCGGGCCUUCCUCACCUUUCUCUACCGCUACUCCGUCUCUGGCCCCCACGGCCUGCCCUUGGAAGCGCACAUCUCCCAUUUCAUUCACAACGUCCCUUUCCCUUCCCCACAGAGACCCCGCAUUCUGGUGCAGAUGUCUCCCUAUGACAAUCUGCUCCUCUGCCAGCCUGUAUCCUCACCCCUACCCCUCAGUGGUGCCAGCUUCCUGCAGCUGCUACAGAGCCUGGGCCCCGAGUUGGCCAUCACGCUGCUGCUGGCUGUGCUCACAGAGCACAAACUACUAGUCCAUUCACUUCGUCCAGACCUGCUCACCAGCGUCUGUGAGGCCCUCGUCUCUAUGAUCUUCCCACUGCAGUGGCAGUGCCCCUACAUUCCUCUGUGCCCAUUGGUGCUGGCUGACGUGCUGAGUGCCCCCGUGCCCUUCAUCGUGGGUAUCCACUCCAGCUACUUCGAUCUGCACGACCCGCCAUCUGAUGUCAUCUGUGUGGAUCUUGACACCAACACGUUAUUCCAGACUGAAGAAAAGAAGCCUCUCUCCCCUCGGACCUUGCCCCGCAGACCCUACAAGGUCCUGCUGGCUACACUGACAAACCUGUACCAGCAGCUGGAUCAGACAUACACUGGUCCCGAGGAGGAGGCGUCCCUGGAGUUCCUGCUGACAGACUACGAGGCUGUGUGUGGCCGCCGAGCCCGGCUGGAGCGUGAAGUCCAGGGGGCCUUCCUUCGCUUCAUGUCCUGUCUGCUCAAAGGCUACCGGGACUUUCUGCGUCCACUCACUGAGCCACCCUCUGAAGGGGUUCGGGAUGUUGAUAACCUCUUCUUCCUACAGGGCUUCCUCAAGUCCCGGGAGCGCUCUAGCCACAAGUUGUACUCUCAGCUGCUGCGCACGCAGAUGUUCUCGCAGUUCAUCGAGGAAUGCUCGUUUGGCUCUGCCCGGCAUGCUGCCCUUGAAUUCUUUGACUCUUGCGUCGACAAGGUCCACCCAGAGCAGGAGAAGCCUGAGCCAGCACCGUUGGUGGAGCUGGAGGAGCUGUCAGGAAGUGAACUCACUGUCUUUAUCACACCUCCUGAGGAGCCCCCUGUGCCAGAGGGCAGUGAACCCUCUCCCCAGUACUGCUAUGAUGGAUUUCCAGAGCUACGGGCCGAGCUGUUUGAGUCUCCCCAGGAGCAACCUGGGGCUCUGCCUGUGCCAGGCCUGUCCCGUAGUGCCCCUAGCAGCCCUGCCCCUCGCCGUACCAAACAGGAGAUGAAGGUCGCGCAGCGGGUGGCGCAGAAGUCUGCAGCAGUGCCCGAGCUGUGGGCCCGGUGCCUGCUGGGACACUGCUAUGGGCUGUGGUUCCUGUGUUUGCCUGCCUAUGUGCGAUCAGCACCCUCUCGGGUGCAGGCGCUGCACACGGCCUACCACGUGCUCCGCCAGAUGGAGAAUCACAAGGUGGUGCUGCCUGAUGAGGUGUGCUACCGGGUGCUGAUGCAGCUCUGCUCGCACUACGGGCAGCCUGUGCUGUCUGUGCGCGUCAUGCUGGAGAUGCGGCAGGCGGGCAUCGUGCCCAACACCAUCACCUACGGCUACUACAACAAGGCUGUGCUGGAAAGCAAGUGGCCGUCUGGUACACCGGGUGGGCGCCUGCGCUGGGCCAAGCUUCGGAAUGUUGUCCUGGGGGCUGCUCAGUUUCGCCAGCCCUUGAGAGAACGGCGGCGGCAGCAGCAGCAGCAGCAGCAGCAGCAGCAGCAGCAGCAGAGACAGCAGCAGCAGGCAGCAGCACAAGAGGCAGGCAGCUCCCAGACAGGGCCCUAUGUGGAGCGCCUCUCCCCUACCCGCCCCCUUCAUCGCCAGACUACUUGGGCUGGGCGAAGUCUGCGGGACCCAGCCUCACCCACGGGGCGCCUGGUGAAGAGUGGCAGCCUGGGUAGUGCCCGAGGCACACAGCCCACUGUGGAGGCUGGCGUGGCCCACAUGAUAGAGGCCUUGGGGGUACUGGAGCCCCAGGGGUCACCUGUGCGCUGGCACGAUGGAAGCCUCUCAGACCUGAGCCUGGCCGGGGAGGAGCUGGCAGCUGGAGGCAGCCCUGGGGACUCAGGCUCAGCCUUGAGCACCCAGUCUGCUGAAGCCCCAGAAGGGCUACGUGGACGUUCGGCCAAGGCUAGCAGGCGUCAGGAGGAGGCCAGCACCCCACGACGCGGGCUGGGUGCCCGCCUCCAACAGUUGCUCACUCCUUCCCGCCGCUCCUCUGCCUCUCGAGUUGCCCCACCUGAACUGCCCUCUGACCUGCCUCCCCCAACUCGCCGCAGCCCCAUGGAUAGCCUCCUGCACCCUCGGGAGCGCCCUGGUUCCACUGCCUCUGAGAGCUCCGCCUCUCUAGGCAGUGAGUGGGACCUCUCAGAAUCUUCUGUCAGCAGCCUGAGCCUUCGUCGUUCCUCAGAGCGCCUCAGUGAAACCCCUGGAUCCUUCCAGCCACCUUCCCUGGAAAUUCUGCUGUCUAGCUGCUCCUUGUGCCGUGCCUGUGACUCGCUGGUAUACGAUGAGGAGAUUAUGGCUGGCUGGGCACCUGAUGACUCCAACCUCAACACAACCUGCCCCUUCUGUGCCUGCCCCUUUGUGCCCCUGCUCAGCGUCCAGACUCUUGAUUUCCGCCCCAGUGUCCCCAGCCCUAAGCCUGCUCCUGCUGGUGCCUGUGGCAGCAAAGAUGCUCCUGACCCUGGGGGCCCAGGCCCUGUGCUCAGUGAUCGCAGGCUCUGCCUUGCCCUGGAUGAGCCCCAGCUCUGCAACGGGCACAUGGGGGGUGCCUCCCGGAGGGUCGAGGGUGGGGCGUGGGCAUACCUGAGCCCCCUGGUGCUGCGUAAAGAGCUGGAGUCAUUGGUAGAGAAUGAGGGCAGUGAAGUGCUGGCGUUGCCUGAGUUGCCUGCGGCCCACCCCAUUAUCUUCUGGAACCUUCUGUGGUAUUUCCAGCGGCUGCGCCUGCCCAGUAUUCUGCCAUGCCUGGUGCUGGCCUCCUGCGAUGGGCCCUCAACCUCCCAGGCCCCGUCUCCUUGGCUAAUGCCUGAUCCAGCAUCCGUGCAGGUGCGGCUGCUGUGGGAUGUCCUGACCCCUGACCCCAAUAGCUGCCCCCCUCUCUAUGUGCUCUGGAGGGUCCACAGCCAGAUCCCCCAACGGGUGGCAUGGCCAGGCCCAGUGCCUGCAGCCCUUAGCCUGGAUUUGCUGGAGUCGGUGCUGCGUUAUGUUGGUCUCAAUGAGGUGCACAAGGCUAUUGGGCUCCUGCUAGAAACUCUAGGACCCCCUCCCACAGGCCUGCACCUGCAGAGGGGCAUCUACCGUGAGAUCUUAUUCCUGACGAUGGCUGCUAUGGGCAAGGACCAUGUGGACAUUGCAAACUUUGACAAGAGGUACAAGUCUGCCUUUAACAAGCUGGCCAGCAGCAUGAGCAAGGAGGAGCUGAGGCAGCAGCGGGCACAGAUGCCCACCCCAAAGGCCAUCGAUUGCCGAAAAUAUUUUGGAGCACCUCUGGAAUGCUAGGGAUCGUUAAACUUCCCCCUCCAGCCUGGGGUGGGGAGGUAAGAGAGAAAGAAUUCCAGAGAUAAUCUGCUUCCCUGUUCCUUUCAUAGAGGAGUGGGGAACAGCCUGGGAGACAUCCCCAGCCAUAGGCUCCAAGUGGGGGCAGCAGGAAGAGGGACCCGCUAUUACCAAAAGUCACAAUUCCCUGUCUCCAUCCUGCCUACCUAGCUCAUGCUGAUGUUGGAGGAGGCCCGGGGGCAGUUGGCACAGCUCUGUUUCUCCCCAUCCUAUACUAGGAACUCCAAUCAGGGUACCCACAGGUCUGUACUGCCCUGGUCAUUUUAUAAGUUUUUGUUUUAAAAAACAACUGGAAAGAUACAGAGCUACUGAGCCUUUGCCUUGAGUGGGAGGGAAGGAUAGCGUUCCCCAUCAAUGAUGGACCCUCUUUACUGGAAUUGCUGAAGGAGUCCAAGGCUCUCAAUGCCCUUCUACCUUAGGGUUUGAAUUUUAUUUUGACUUAUUUAUUUUGGAGACACAGCCCCCUUGCUUAUAAGAUUAUUAUGAAUGGUGAAAAAGAGAAGGGAAAUGGGGCACUGUGGUUCAGUGGUUUGCAGCUCUUUAAAAGUCAGGAGUUGGGAGCUAGAGGAGUCCCAAACUCCCCUUAGGAAGAACCGGCGUCCUUUCUAGUCCUAAUCCUUCUUGUCCACUCCACCUGUGGAAUGCCUCACCCAUCCAGGACCCUGAUUGUGCAAUAAGGAUUAUUCCUUGCAAAGUUUUGUUGGAUGUAAAUAUAGUAAAAGCUGCUUCUGUCUUUUUC